CAAAGCCAGCACGGGGAUGAGCUGGGAUGAGGAGCAGCGGGACAGUACAGAUCAAUCAGUGCAAGUGAGCGCCGGACCAGAGGAAGACGAACAGUUGGUGAGCUCUUAGGAGCCAACAUAUUUCUCUGAUUGUUGGAGAUCCCACCAUUCAACAGGAUCUUCAUCUCUUCUUGCAGCCAGGAUGGCUCGGGAUAUGUCAGAUAAGGAAAUCUUGAAAAUGGAGUUGGACCAGUUGAAAAAAGAAGUCAGCACACCGAGGACAGCAGUGACCGCAAACUGUUCAGAUACCAUCUCUUUCGUUGACGGGCUGCUGCCAAACGACCCGCUGAUUAAGGGCGUCCCAGAUGACAAGAACCCCUACAAGGGAGACAAAGGAGGCUGCGUUGUGACAUAGCACACAGUCAUGCAAGCAAAAGUUGCACUGUUUCUUUUAUUUUAUGGCUUUCCUGUAGAGUAUUUAUGGAUCAAAUGUAUAGUACAAAGGCAAGAUCUGUAGCUGGAACCUUUUCAUAACUGGCUUUCUGUGUACUGCUAUGGAAAUGUGUACAUUUGUAAUUAAAUGAAUGUAGAUGUACAAAUCUUCAA